UGUUCACUUGUCAAAUGUGAACGUCCAACCUUACACUAUCUAUACACCUACUAUUUCAGUUUUUAUUAGUUAGUCAUUCACUAAUCAGAAACGGUGUCUAUGUUAACAGAUUGUGGAGUGCCAGGUUGUUUGAUUUCAUGUAGUAUUUCGUUAUCAAAUAAUAUGAAAGUUAAUUAUUUAUGGCUUACUAUUUUGAGCCUAAGUCGUGUGUGAUAAAUAAUAAUGAAUUUACAAAAUUAAUAUUUCUGUAAUAGAGCCUGUGUUUAUUGUACAACUUAUAAGUGUCAUAUUAUAUUACAUAGUUUUUUCAGGCAUAUAUCACGAAGUUUUGCUGUACAGUGGAUUAGACUGAAAUCUUAAAUGAGAGUUAAAUUUGUAUUUUAAAGAAGGGUUGUGUUAUGUUGCUUUGAGCAAUGAAUUGCCUACAAUUGUGAGUAUGGAAACACAGGAACUGCUUAAAUCAAACAAAACAAAGACAACAGUCAAGUCAGUAUGGAGGACUUUAUUGCUAGCGGAAUCCACGAUCUGAGCAUAUCCAAAGUGCUGAAAUGGGCAGCAUCAACCGUGAUGAUAUUUGGCGGAGUGGUGCCAUUCAUUCCGCAAUAUCGAGAAAUUCGCCGGAAGGGAGACGCUGAAGGUUUCUCUCUGUACGUGUGCCUUGUACUCUUAAUCUCCAAUAUACUAAGGAUAUUAUUCUGGUGCGGGAAGAAGUUUGAGUUACCUUUAUUAAUACAAAGUAUGAUCAUGAAUAUCACUAUGCUAUUUAUGAUUCAUAUCUGUGUUAGUGUAAAAAACAAGAGUCAAAUCAUCCGAGGUCCUGAACGGCUCUUCACAGACUUCGAGUGGAGGUAUUUCUGGCAGUGGACGGACUUCACGUCCUACAUAGAGUUCCUGCUGAGCCUAACGCUACUCUGCUCGCUGGUCACGUUUGUCCUGCAGGACUCUUCAGUAUACAUUGAGGCGCUUGGGUUCCUGGCGCUACUCACAGAGGCCAUGCUGGCCAUUCCCCAGUUGCUGCAGAACUUCCGCAACAAGUCCACUGAGGGCAUGAGUGUGCUGAUGGUGGUCAUGUGGAUGAUGGGCGAUUGUUUCAAGACGACGUACUUCGUGCUGCGUGACGCGCCUGCGCAGUUCUGGCUCUGCGGCUGCCUGCAGAUAGCCAUCGACGUUUUCAUCCUAGGCCAAGUCUACUGGUACAAUUACUUCUCGGACCACAGCCCAGAGUCAAUUGACGCUGCCAUUUGGUACACCCGUAUAGUUUAGACUAAGCGCAUACCUCAUGUUUCGAGAAGUGCUCGUGAAUCUUCCAUUGUUUUGGGGCAAACUGUUUCACGGAUUACUGUCUUGGAAGAACACAAGUUUCAAACUCUGAGUAUAUUAGUUGUAACUGUUACAAUCAUCCGUUAGCAAUCAUUAGUUUUUCAUUAAAACUUCGAUAAUCAGUGUUAACUGAAUCAUUUUAGCAAGUGUUAUGUUUAUUGUAAUGCUUAAUGUUAUUCUUAUAGAAUUUGUUAUAGAAUCAAAUAAUAAAUUGUUGCCUUAUUCUGUAUCUUGUGUUGUCUCUAAUAAUAAUUGUUACAACUGGAGAAUUUUAAUUAGAUGUAUUUUAAUCUGAAUAUUGUUUAUUUAAUCCAGUUCUUUUUUAAUUUUAAGGUUUUAAGAUAAACUUAUUAAUUGUUAAUCCUUUGUCUAUCUUUCUUGUUGAGUUGUUCUCAGAGUAUGCAUGUCAAAAUAUUACUUUAGUAUGAGCUCAAAGUUUAUUGCUUAUAAUGUAUUUUUUAACACAACUAUUUAUAAUUAAUUUAUGUGCAAACUCUCUAGAAUUCUAUAUCUUCUUCUUGUUCUAAGAGACGGCCUAUUGCCAUGCACUGAAGCCUUGGGCCUUUAUGCACUCUGGUUAUGUAUCUUAUAAAUGUAUCUUCUUGUAAAUCCAUCAGGAAUUUUACUAGUAUGUAUUUACAUUUUUCUUAUAUUACUGACACAUAAUUUCUCGUUUCCUCUGUACUAGUAAUGAAAAAUCGUAUAGCUACUAUUUAAUAAUUAAAUUGUAGAGAGACAAGUUUCUAUCAAGCAUAAUCUUUGCAACUAAGCUUGGGUAGUAAAUAACUGUUAGAGCGUAAGUAUAAUAAAUAGUUAGCCUAAGCCUACACUACUUGUACUUCCCAUUACUUAGGCACGGAAGACUGAAGAUGAUCUUUGGGUGCUUCUAUUGAAAUAUAAUAUUAUAUAUUUUUCUACUACUUCUACACAAUCCUAUCCACUCUAGAAAUAACUUUGUGAUAUGAAUUGUGUAUAUUUAUGUUUUAAAAUUUGUAUUGUAAAUAAAUAUUUUGUAGUUUAAA